AUGAGAGGUCUCAAAUUAAAAGUCAACGCUUCGGAGAAUGAAGCACCUCCGAGAGAUUUUGAUAUUACUCAAAGCGGAUCCUUCACGAAAGGAGAUUUUAAAAUUAAUCAGAACUGGAAGAAUAUGUCUUUGAAUGAUUUGGAGACCAAGCACUUGUUGGGAAAGGGUUCAUCGGGAAAUGUCUAUCUUGUAUGUCAUAAGGCCUCUGGGCAAUUAUUCGCUCUGAAGUAUAUCUCUGUUUUUGAUGAUCAGAAAAGAAAGACCAUUAUCAACGAGUUGCAAACGUUGUAUUCAGCUUCGAGUGAGCAUUUGAUUGGAUUUUUUGGAGCUUUUUAUCAAGAGGGAAAUAUUCAAAUAGCCCUCGAGUAUAUGGAAGGAGGCUCCUUGAGCGAUAUUAUUAAAACAGUUCAAGGGCCAAUCCCAGAACCUUUUUUAUCUCGCAUCAUGCAACAAGUCAUGUUGGGUCUGAGAUAUUUGCAUAAAGAGCGUCACCUUGUACAUAGAGAUUUAAAACCAGGAAACAUAUUAUUCAACAGUAAGGGUCAAUUUAAAAUUUCAGAUUUUGGAGUAAGUGCUGAAUUGGACCACACGGGAGCUGAGUGUGGAUCCUUUGUGGGAACUGUCACUUACAUGAGUCCUGAGAGACUUGAAGGGAAAAAGUAUUCAUUCGCGAGUGACAUUUGGGCUUUGGGAAUUAUUGUUUUAGAGUCAGUCACUGGAAAAUUCCCAUUCAGAGAUGAACACGACAAACCAAUCGGAGUAUUCUGGGAAUUAUUGAACACGAUCAAAAUGAAAGCUCCUCCUUCACUCUCUCCUCAUCAAGGGUAUUCCAGCGAAGUGUGUGACUUUAUUGCCCUCUGCUUACAAAAAGAUCCAAAACAAAGAGCAACCGUUUCAGAAUUAUUAGAACAUCCUUUCAUCACCAAACAUUGCUCCAACUCUCCAACAAGUGGUGCCGAGUGGCAACAAUAUAAUAAUUGGAUUGACACUCUCAUCAAAAUUCGAUCUCAAACUGAAAAGUAUGUUCAGAGCGAGCAACAAGAAAAAACUCAUUCCUUAGAAACAAAGUUGAAGAAGCUUGUUCUCUGA